GGCUUGGGGUGAGGAGGUAAGGGUUUUCCCCCUGCUUUAGAAGUAGGAUAGAGAAAAGAGCAGAGAAAGGAAGGGGCGCUUGGAGUCUGCUUUUGAGGUGACUCGGCUUGUGUCCUUCGAGGGAAGAGAACUGUAGAAGGAAGAGUCAGAUGUUGACAGAGAUCUACUGAUUCAGUUCCAGUUUCAUGAUGUCCCUCUAAGGAGGACAGUAUAUGUUUUGUGCAAUAUUCUUUUAUCACAAUAAAGAGAAGAAAGACUGCAGUGAAUGAAGAUUCCUCUGCAUUUUAGCACUGCUUUUUCUACUGUAGUUGGCUUUUGAAUGAGGAUGACAAUGGAAGAGAUGAAGAAUGAAGCUGAGACCACUUCCAUGGUUUCUAUGCCUCUCUAUGCAGUCAUGUAUCCUGUGUUUAAUGAGCUAGAGCGAGUAAAUCUGUCUGCAGCUCAGACACUGAGAGCAGCUUUCAUUAAGGCUGAAAAAGAAAAUCCAGGACUCACACAAGACAUCAUUAUGAAAAUUUUAGAGAAAAAAAGUGUAGAAGUCAACUUCACGGAGUCCCUUCUUCGAAUGGCAGCUGAUGAUGUAGAAGAGUAUAUGAUUGAACGACCAGAGCCAGAAUUCCAGGACCUAAACGAAAAAGCACGAGCACUUAAACAAAUUCUCAGUAAGAUCCCAGAUGAGAUCAAUGACAGAGUGAGGUUUCUGCAGACAAUCAAGGAUAUAGCCAGUGCAAUAAAAGAACUUCUUGAUACAGUGAACAAUGUCUUCAAGAAAUACCAAUACCAGAACCGCAGAGCACUUGAACACCAAAAGAAAGAAUUUGUAAAAUACUCCAAAAGUUUCAGUGAUACUCUGAAAACCUAUUUUAAAGAUGGCAAGGCAAUAAAUGUGUUCAUAAGUGCCAACCGACUAAUUCAUCAAACCAACUUGAUACUUCAGACCUUCAAAACUGUGGCCUGAAAGUUGUAUAUGUUAAGAGAUGUACUUCUCAGUGGCAGUAUUGGACUGCCUUUAUCUGUAAAUUUUAAAGUUUGACUGUAUAAAUUAUCAGUCCCUCCUGAAGGGAUCUAAUAAUCCAGGAUGUUGAAUGGGAUUAUUGCCAUCUUACACCAUAUUUUUGUAAAAUGUAGCUUAAUCAUAAUCUCACACUGAAGAUUUUGCAUCACUUUUGCUAUUAUCAUUCUUUUAAGAAUUAUAAGCCAAAAGAAUUUACGCCUUAAUGUGUCAUUAUAUAACAUUCCUUAAAAGAAUUGUAAAUAUUGGUGUUUGUUUCUGACAUUUUAACUUGAAAGCGAUAUGCUGCAAGAUAAUGUAUUUAACAAUAUUUGGUGGCAAAUAUUCAAUAAAUAGUUUACAUCUGUUAAA